GGGAAGGCGAAAAUCUGAAAGCAGGUUAAAGCACAAAGAGGGAGUAAGACUAAGAGGAUAUCAAAAGCAAAUAUAAAUAUUUUUCCUUUUCAAGAUGACUUGAUCUUGACUCGCCUAACAGCUUUAAUCCACUACCGACUAGGAAAUCAAAGCCGCAUUGAUAUAGAUUUAGAUAGGGACCAAAGAAUUAGAACACUAAGGUAGUGAAAUGUGGCAUUUCUCGAGAUCGCGUUCAAGCUGUAUCUCGGCAAUCUCAUUCUUUGUCGUUUUUGAUGUCGGUCGUGGCAUAAACUUGAAUCUACAUCGUCUUCAACAUGGAGGUGCGAAAGCAACACGCAGUCACCACGGACACGACCAACGGUUUGGUGCAGAGAAAAUCGGCCCGCUUUCGACGAAUAUCAGCUAUGGAAGGGUCUGGGUCAUGGGUGGAACUGAAUUAAUUUAUCAACAUUAUAAAUCGAAAUAAUCUCCUCGAGUUCGUAAUCGUAUUUUCUUCUCCGCACAUCGAUCAUUCACGACACUCACCAUGCCUCUCUCUUACUCAUCAUGUCUAGUGAUCAUCCUCUAACCCUCUGACCAUACACAAGACCUUAUCCCGAAGCCUUACGUGCCAAGCAAAUAUAGGCCUAAUGGAGGUCCAGAAUUCAUCUACCUCUGCGGUACGUUCGGCUGCCAUCAACAAUCCUUGCAGGAGAAAGCAAGAAUGGAUUUGGCGAAUAGUGUUAUGGAACAGGACGAAGAGUGUUAUGUUUAGUGUUGAGUCAAAUGACGUAUUCAACAAAGUAGUAAACAAGCUGCGAAGUACUUAGAAUGAGUAUCAAUAUCUCCGUUGGCAUUACUCUUCGAUCAUUUAUUUUAUGAUUAUACAUAGGUCCUUUCUCCUUCUCGUCCUCAUCCGCAACAUGCGACCCGAAAUUUCAUAUCUCACAAGCAAACGAACGUUACUACUCCGAAUUUGGCACGCAUAGAGGAUGUCAGCGCCAGUUGGAGCAACCCGAAUAUUGGAGCUUUAAUGGCACAAUACGUCAGAUACGAGGAUAUGCUUUGCGGUGGCACCAAUGCAGUCGCUGUGCAGGGAGCAUCGUUGUUGGGGAGGAAGGUCACCAAUAUUAUGAAACUGGACACUCGACGAUGAAAGAAAUAAAUUACAAGUAGAACAAAAAAAUUAUUGCUGCAUGAGAGAGAGAGUAUGUAAGGAGUAGCUUGAAGAUCGCAAAUGAUCCUCUUACUUUGGAUAACAAACACUCUUGUUCCUCUUCCUCCUCCCUGCUUUCUUCAUACCUCACGCCAAACAGAAGGAAGAGCAGCAGCUAGACAGUUGCGCGAUGUGGUGUAGUCGGGCGCCGCCAGACGAGUGCUCCGGAUUCGUCUACGACAAGAACUCCACGCAAUGCACUUUCCGCGCAAGUCCCAAUGCGGAGAUGCAUAACGAUAACUGCAGGAAUUAUGGCUCACAGUACUCAGACUCCUUGCAUAUCCAAGAACUUCGGGAUCAAGCAGCAGAAAAAUCAAGGACUACGAUCAUUUCGAUGUCGCCCUCUAAGAAAAAGAUACGGACUACGAUAGCUAUCCUCGGAUGCGUGCGUUGGCUGUGGGACUCACACAAGAAACGAAAAACGCUAGUUCGUUGAGUUUGAUCUCAUCUUCGUACUAGUAGUGGUAGAAAUGUAAACAUAAAUGUAAAUGAGUUCAUGGAGAUAGAGGUCAGUUUCACUCUCUGGAGACUUUUUUUUCUCCACGAGAAUCAACAUGAAUGAUUAGUUGUAAGAAAGGUGUUAGUUGUACUUUUACUAAUCCUUUGGUUUCGAAACAAGUCCUCAUUCCACCAUGUAAAUGUAUUAGCUGCUGUUACAACAAUGGUGCUUCGAGAAUAUAGCAAAAAUAGAAGACGUCGCUGACAGUAAAGGAACGAGCAUAAAAAUGACUGAAGAGAUUGCUCGGACCUACCCAUUCCGCACUCGUGACUAUUUCGCUUUCUGACAGGGACGUGAUGAACUUUCUUCGUAGAAGCGUUUCACCCGUUAUGAACCAACAAG